AUGCCGCAGCUGGACUCGGGCGGGGGCGGCGCAGGCGGCGGCGACGACCUCGGCGCGCCCGACGAGCUGCUGGCCUUCCAAGACGAGGGCGAGGAACAGGACGAUAAGAGCCGCGACAGCGCCGCGGGCCCCGAGCGCGACCUGGCCGAGCUCAAAUCGUCGCUAGUCAAUGAGUCCGAGGGCGCGGCGGGCGGCGCGGGGAUCCCGGGGGCCGGCACCGGGGCCCGCGGCGAGGCUGAGGUCGGGGCCGAGGCUCUCGGGCGGGAACACACUUCGCAGAGACUUUUCCCUGACAAACUUCCAGAAUCUCUGGAGGACGGCCUGAAGGCCCCGGAGUGCGCCAGCGGCAUGUACAAAGACACCGUCUACUCCGCCUUCAAUCUGCUCAUGCAUUACCCACCCCCCUCCGGAGCAGGGCAGCACCCCCAGCCGCAACCCCCACUGCACAACAAGACCAGUCAGCCCGCCCAUGGAGUCCCCCAACUCUCUCCUCUCUAUGAGCAUUUCAGCAGCCCACACCCGACACCUGCACCGGCCGACAUCAACCAGAAGCAAGUUCACAGGCCUCUGCAGACCUCCGACCUCUCUGGCUUCUAUUCUCUGACCUCAGGCAGCAUGGGACAGCUCCCACACACUGUGAGCUGGCCCAGCCCUCCUCUCUACCCCUUGUCCCCCUCCUGCGGAUAUAGACAGCACUUCCCUGCCCCCACUGCUGCCCCUGGCGCCCCCUACCCCAGGUUCACCCACCCAUCCCUGAUGUUAGGUUCUGGCGUACCUGGUCACCCAGCAGCCAUUCCCCACCCAGCCAUUGUGCCCACCUCAGGGAAGCAGGAACUGCAGCCCUACGAUCGCAGCCUGAAGACACAGGCAGAAUCCAAGGCAGAGAAGGAAACCAAGAAGCCAACCAUCAAGAAGCCACUCAACGCCUUUAUGCUGUACAUGAAGGAGAUGAGAGCCAAGGUCAUCGCAGAGUGCACACUCAAGGAGAGUGCUGCCAUCAACCAGAUCCUGGGCCGCAGGUGGCACGCACUGUCACGAGAAGAGCAGGCCAAGUAUUACGAGUUGGCCCGCAAGGAGAGGCAGUUACACAUGCAACUAUACCCAGGCUGGUCAGCGCGAGACAACUAUGGGAAGAAGAAGAGACGGUCCAGGGAAAAGCAUCAAGAAUCCAACACAGGAGGAAAAAGAAAUGCAUUCGGUACUUACCCGGAGAAGGCCGCUGCCCCAGCCCCGUUCCUUCCGAUGACAGUACUCUAGGCUGCUCCGGGUCCCCAGCCCCCCAGGAUUCACCCUCAUACCUCCUGCUGCCCCACUUCCCCACAGCACUACUUGCUAGCCCUGCGGAGCCGGCGCCUACAUCACCAGCUCUCUCAGCGGCUCUCAGCCUCCCAGCCCCGUGGGCCCCCGCAGGCCCCCAGCAGUGCCCUGCAGAGUACACAGGUACAGCAACAGGAAUUUCGGAGACAGGCAGCCUAGCAUGCACAGGACACCUGGCCUCCAGGGACCCACUCUUUGAGAAGCAGAGACAGAGCCCCAAAGCAUGUGGAAACCAGCCAGGGGCCCUGUUAACUCCUGAAGGUCCAGGUGGUGGUGAUUUCAGAGGCUGCACAACUUCUGCCUGAACCUGGGGCCAUCAAUUCAGACUGCUCCAAGUGGUGCAUCACAUCUGUGUUAGCAGCUGAUUAAGGGCACCUCCUGUGCCUUGUGGCAGCCUGCAUCUAUUCUUACUACCGUCCAUCUUGCUAGCCGGAUGCCCCCACCUCCCUUUUCUGCUACAGGUCAUAGAUGGGCUGGAUUGAGCUCAGCUGCCUUCCCUACCCUGUAUCCCCAGCACUCCUCCCCCUCCGCCACUGCUGCACCCUCCCCAUACCAGGCACUGCAUGGACCAAGAGCUGGUUUAUCAAACAUGUGGACCUGGCACAGCCACAAAGCUCAAGAUGACCGUGCUUUUCUCAAGGGCCUAGAAAAGCCAUGUUUUACAGAAAAUUUGUAUGCUGGACCAGAGAAACCCUGCCACAUUCUCAGGAGCUUGUGAGUAGAGGGGAUGGAAUAGGCCUAACAGGAGCUAGAGUGACAGGCCUAAAUAAGUUUAGGCCUGUCACUCUAGGCAACAGAAAAACCUGACACUACCUUAAUCAGGCAAGUGUGAGUGGUGGGGACUAUCUGGCUCUCUAGUUCAAAUUACUUGGAAAUGAUUCCUGAGAAACGGAAUCACCUAAGAAGCCCUGAUAGCAAAGCCCCAAACCUGUUACUUGUGGCUGUAGUCAGCAGUUCAAAGUCAUGGCCCAAAAUCUGGUUUACAUCCCUCCCCAUUCUGAGAGCCUUUUUCACAGAUCCAUUUCCAGCUUAUCCACCUCAGUCUAGCCAGCUCUUGGGCAGUGGUGAGAGGGCAAACCAAACCAGGCCAGCUUCAGUUUCCCUAUGGGGCCUUGGGAAGGAGGACCAUUACAGCCAAAACAAG